AUAAAAUUAUAGGCGAGUCUCCAUGCACGAAUUUGACAUCACAACUGUACUAACAGGUUUCCCUUUCCUGGCCACCACUAAUGACAUUUGAACUAACCAAAACACCGCCUCAAGCAUGGCGAACCCGCGCGAAGGUCCGAAUCCACUGAGGCCGUACUAUAUCCCUCCAAGUAUUGGAUUCCCACCAGAAGCGCAGAAUGCAGGGAGCUCCGGACGGGGAGCUGGUCAGAAUGGCUCGACUUCCUACGCGUCAUCGGCGCGCGACAUCUUCAGCGACAUCGAUUACUCGGAUUACGUGUCAGAGGGCUCACAGAGCACGGUGGAUAUGAUUAAACAAAUGCUGGAUGAGGCAAUGUACAAAUACAUGUCGGUGUUGAUAGCGCAGCCGUUCGAUGUGGCGAAGACGAUCCUACAGGUCCGGUCGCAAGCUCUUGCAGAUCGAUCAGUGCCUGCGUUUUCUCCCAGGAAUGGCAGGAAAGAGGCGUCUGACUUUGCGGAAUCUAAAUAUGAAGAGUAUCCUUCCGACGAUUCAGACCCAGACGAGCGUGCAUACUUCACCUCCAAUGCGCCAGAAGCUACAUCUUAUACCUCCCCAACUCGCUCGCGGCGACAUGCCACCGACCGCGCUGGUUACGUUUUGCCCUCCGCGGAUGACUCGCCCAGCGCAAACCAACUUACUCUGAAAUACUCCGAUUCGAUUCUCGAAAUAAUCGGCCAACUAUGGACAAAAGAAGGGGCAUGGGGCGUGUGGAAGGGAACAAACUCGACUUUCAUAUACAGCGCCUUACUCCGGACUUUUGAGAACUGGGCAAGGAGCUUCCUCUCUGCUGUUUUCAAUGCUCCAGACCCAGGGAUUGUUGGAAUCAUAAGUGGUGGCCUUGAUAUGGUAGAUUCGCCCUACCCUUGGUCGUCCCUUGGAAUAGCAGUUGGAGCUGCUGCUAUUGCAGGUCUGGCGCUCGCGCCCCUCGAUAUUGUACGAACAAAACUCAUCCUUAUGUCGACUAACGCACCACGCCGCGGCCUCGUCAACGAGCUGGGCCAACUCCCAUCCUGGGUCUGCCCCGGAAAGAUCUUCGUCCCAACCAUUCUUCACAGCAUUAUAUCGCCCGUCAUCAUCCACUCCACACCCCUCGUCCUCAGCUCCCAAUUCUCAAUCGAUCCAGUCCGCACCCCCGCCGUCUUCUCCGUUGCCUCAUUCCUCUCACAAGCAGUUGAGCUGUUUGUAAAGCUUCCCCUCGAAACCGUCCUUCGCCGUGGCCAGAUGUCAGUUCUUACGACGCCACCAUACUAUACUGGCAAGGAGUUGGACACCGUUGUCGAUAUUGGACCCUACAGCGGUCCAAUCGGAACUAUGUGGAUGAUUGCCCGCGAAGAGGGCGUACGAGACGACCCCGACGCCCUCAAACUCUCGGGCCCUGUCACCAGGACCACUAGGAAGCCACAGGUCAAGCAAGGCCAAGGCGUCGAAGGGCUCUGGCGCGGCUGGAGAGUCGGGAUGUGGGGUCUGGUUGGUAUGUGGGGAGCCGCAGCGAUGGGCGGCGGCGGCGGAGGAGAGUUCUAAGAAGGGGGUGAGUGUAUAUGAUGGAUGUAAAAUUUGGUGGUUUGAGCGAACGGCGCAGAUGGGGAUAUGAUGGGGGCAAAGAAACAUCUCACGAGAUGGGGGUGGAGGCGUUUUGUUGAUUUGAGAUACUCAGCUCUACUGGUCCCGUAUUUAUAUCACGGGGAGGCUUGUGUGCCACAUAGUUAGCAUUAGGAAGAUU